AUGGGAGACAACAAACCUGGAGGAGCAGUGGCAGCUGCAAAGAACCGGCUGCAGGUGGUGAAGGGCUUGGAGGACCUGGAGGUGUCUGAGUGUGAGAGCUGCUCCUUUGAGGUGACCCUCAACCUGGCUUACAUCGAGGGUGUGUGGAUCAGGGAUGGGAUGCAACUCAAGUCUAAGCCCAACUGUCGCAUUAGCAUGCAUGGGAAGAAACACUCCCUCAUACUGAAGAGGGUGGCUCUGGGAGACGCCGGCCUGUUAUCUUUUCAGGCUAAUGGCAUUCAGACGUCAAGCCGACUCAGUGUCAGAGCUAGGGACAUCCACAUAGUGAAGGAGCUGGACGAUGUUGACUCAAUGGAGCGUCAACCCGUGAACUUCCUGUGUGAGGUCAACCAGGUGGAUGUGGACGGUCGGUGGUACAGAGAUGACUGCAGGAUCCGCCCUGGGGACAACAUCAAGAUCAGACACCAGGGAAAAAUUCACACCCUGUUUUUCAAGUCAGUCAGGCCAGAGCAUGCUGGAGAGGUCAGAUUCACCGCAGAGCGUGUGUCAUCCUAUGCAACUCUCACAGUAAAAGAGCUCCCAGUCCAAAUACUGCGUCCUCUGAGGGUAAAGAUAGCCAUGUAUCACCACCGGGGUCUGCUGGAGUGCCAGGUGUCACGACCUAAUGCUCAGGUCAGGUGGUACAAGAACAGGAAGGAGCUUCUACCCAGUAAGAAGUACCAACUAAUCAGCCAAGAUGUCUACAGGCAGCUGACCAUCGAUGAUGUCUGCUCUUCAGAUGAGGACACUUACACCUGUGAUGCAGGAGAUGACAAAACCUCCUGUCAGCUCCUGGUUGAGGAGCAGGCUAUCAGCAUAGUGCGGGGGAUGAGCUCAGUGGAGGUGAUGGAGCCAGAACCCGCACUCUUCCAAGUGGAGACCAGCCUGAAGUCAGGGAGGCCUCCGAGGUGGACCCUGAAUGGUGAGGUGCUGGAGCCAUGCGCAGCGGUGAACAUCAACAGGGAGGGCACCCUCCACAGUCUCUGUCUCAACUCCACAGAAAGCUCCAUGUCCGGCCCUGUGCUUUUUGUGGCUGGCAAGAGUCGCUCCACUGCUCAGCUUACUGUGAAAGAGCGACCUCUUCAGGUUGUUCACCACUUGGACGAUGUGGAGGCAAAGGAGAACAGCUCUGUGACUCUGAGCUGUCAGUUUGCCCCUUCUCCCAGGGUGGUGUGGUGGUUUAAAGGUCGUACUGCUCUGAAGACUUCAAACAAGUACAGCAUGAAGAGAGUGGGGAAACAAGCAGAGCUGACUAUUCAUGGCUUGACAGGAAUGGAUACAGGGCAGUACCGCUGCAUUGCUGGAGGUUCGCAGAGCACAGCACACGUUAAAGUAGAAGUGCGAACACUUAAGUUGGUCAAACACCUCGAGCCAGUGGAAACUGAGGAGGAUGGCAUCGCUACUUUCUCAUGUGAACUCAACUAUGUGGUCGCCAAAGUGGAGUGGCACCUCAACAGUACCCGCCUCUAUUCCAACGCUAUCAACAGGAUCCAGCACAUGGGCACAAUGCACAGCCUCACAAUCAAGAAGUUACGGCCACAGGAGAGCAGGGUCACCUUCAAAGCAGGCCUUCUCACUGAGACUACAACCUUAAAGGUCAAAGAGCGUCCUGCAGUGUUCCUGAGGUCUCUCGAGGAUGCAGUAGGAGAAGAGCAAGGGGAGGUCUGCCUGCAGUGUGAAAUUUCCAAAGAAACAGUGACCCCUGUUUGGAGAAAGGAUGGAAUUGUCCUGACAGCCGAUGACAAACAUGAGCUACUCCAGUUUGGGAAGUCCAUGGCGCUGAUUGUCCACUCACUGAGCAAGGAUGACGCGGGACAGUACACCUGUGACCUGGGCACUAGCCAGACCAAGGCUAAAGUUACAGUACAUGACUUACAAAUCACCAUUGUUCAUCGUAUUAAGACAACCUCUGUUCUGGAGGGUGAAAGCUGCAAUUUUGAAUGUCUCCUCUCUCAUGAUCUCGAUGAUGAGCCAUCCUGGACAAUCAAUGGCCAGGUUGUGGUCACUAAUAGCCGUAUCCAGGUUAUCAACAAUGGCCGCAAGUACAAGAUGACCAUCAGAGAUGCCAUACUUACCGAUGCUGGAGACGUGGUCUUCACAAUUAAAGACCUCAGCUGUAGGACCAUGCUUUUUGUUAAAGAGAAACCAGUGCACAUCUUCAGGGACCUGCUGAAUGUAAAGGCAGUUCCAGGUGAGGACGCAGAGCUGAGCUGUGAAAUCACCAAACCAGAGGUCACCAUCCGUUGGCUGAAAAAUGGCCAUUCAAUCAGGAAGAGCCCCAAGUAUGAAAUGAAUGUGGAGAAGAACUUGGUGCGGCUGGUGAUCAAGAAUACCACCAUCAAAGACUCUGGGGAGUACUGCUGUGAGGCCGAAGGCGUUGCCUCCCGUGCCAAGCUGGAGAUCAGAGAACUCCAGCACACAUUUGCAAGGGAGUUGAGGGAAACGAGAGGAGAGGAAAAGGGUAAAGUGACCCUGGAGUGCGAGACCAGGCGGCCAGCCAAGGGUGUGACCUGGCUGAAGGGAAUGGUGGAACUAAGGUCUGGUAAGAAGUACGUCAUCAGGCAGAAGGGUGUUGUGCUGUCUCUGACCAUCACCUGUCUGGAGAAAUCGGACACGGAUAUUUACACAUGUGAUGUCGGUACCAUGCAGAGCCGGGCACAGCUGACCGUGCAGGGCCAGAAGGUGUUGAUCGUGGAUGAACUAGAGGAUGUUGAGUGUCUAGAAGGUGACACAGUCACAUUCAGAUGUCGAAUCUGUCCCAGUGAUUACAUUGGGGUCAAAUGGUACCUGGAUGAGACUCUGUUGUACACCAAUGAUCUCAAUGAGAUCCAGAUGGUGCCUGGAGGCUACCACACACUCACCUUUAAAGAGCUUGCCCGCAAAGACACUGGCACUAUUUCAUUUUUAGCAGGGGACAAAAGAUCAUACGCCUCACUGUUGGUUAGAGAGAGGCGUCCCACCAUCAUUAAAGCACUGGAGGACUGUGAGGCUAUUGAAGGAGGCGGUUUGGUUUUGUCCUGUGUGACCUCCAAGCCAUGUCACAUCCUCUGGUACAAAGAUGGCUGCCUGAUGUGGAACUCCUCCAGAUAUUUUGCCAGUCGUUCCGGCUGUGAGGCUCGACUGACGAUUCGGGAGGUCUGUACCAAUGAUGCUGGGGUGUACGAGUGCAGUGCUGGAUCUGUCACAACUAGGGCUGUUGUAACUGUCAAAGCCAUCCCAGCAGAGUUCACCCAGGCUCUGAAGACUGUGGAGGCCAGAGAAGGAGAGACUGUGACCCUGACCUGUGAAUACUCUUUGCCUGGGGUCCAGUUCCACUGGAGGAAAGGUUUUGAGAGUAUCAGGCCUGGAUACAAGUAUGUGAUGAAACAGAGGAGGACAAUCAUCUCUCUGACCAUCAAAGCCCUGAAGCCUGAGGACUCAGGAGAAUAUACCUGUCAGUGUCGAGAUCACAGCACGACUGCAAGCCUCAAAGUGCACGCUAUUCCUAUUUCUUUCAUACAACAUCUAAAGAACAUGCAAGCAGAGGAGGGCAGCAACGUCAUAUUGCGCUGUGAGGUGUCCAAACCUGGAAUACCAGUAGAAUGGAGGAAAGGGCAUGAGCUGUUGAAAAAUGGGGUCAAGUACCAGAUAAGGAAAAGGGAGACCACACUGGAGCUUCUGAUAUGGAAGCCUGUGCUUGAGGACAGUGGGGUCUACAGCUGUGUGUGUGCUGAUCAGAUGACAUCUGCCACUGUCAAAAUCACUGCUCUCCCGGUCACCUUCAAGCAGAAGCUGAGGAAUGUGCUGAUCGAGGAGGGCAACACGGCGACUUUACGAUGUGAGCUGUCUAAACCUGGUCAUGCUGUGGAGUGGAGGAAGAGGGGGAAUGAACCCAUUAGGAAUGGAGAGAAAUAUCACAUGCGACAGAGAGACACUCUGAUUGAACUGAGGAUCUUUGAUGUGACACCUGAGGACAGCGAUAUCUACACAUGCAUCUGUGGAGAUAUAGAGACCACUGCAACUCUGACUGUAAAUGCUCUUCCCAUCACCUUCGAGCAAAAGCUGAAGAACGUCCAAGUUGAGGAAGGACACAACAUCACAUUGUAUUGUGAGAUCUCUAAACCUGGAGUCCCUGUGGAGUGGAGGCUCAGAGGAGACCUGUUGGAGAAUGGAGAGAAGUACCAGAUUAAGCAGAGGGACUCUGCCUUGGAGUUGACUAUCAGAGAUGCUGUGCCGGAGGACAGUGGCAUCUACACCUGUGUGUGCCGAGAGCAGAGGACAAAGUCCUCUGUUAAAGUUAUUGCGGUUCCUGCCACUUUUAAAGUGAGCCUGAAGAGCCAGGAGGCUGAAGAAGGGAACAGUGUGACGUUACGCUGUGAGCUGUCAAAGAAGGGAGUCCCAUUGCAGUGGCAGAGAGAGAGACAGGUGCUUUCUGAGGAGAUAUCUCGAGGAAAAUAUCAGAUGAAAGUAGAAGGGAAGACAGCUCUGAUGACCAUUCUUAGUGUCCAACCAGAAGAUGCAGGGCAGUACAGCUGCAUCACAGGAGAAGAGAAAACAACAGCAGAAAUCAUAGUGAAACCACUUCCUGUGACAUUCAAACGAGAGAUCCAGCGCCUAGUGGUGAAAGAAGGGGGCAGUGGAGUUUUCUGCUGUGAGCUCUCCAAACCUGGAGCUCCGCUGGAGUGGAGGAAAGGCAGAGUCCUCCUCGAACCUGGAGAGAAAUAUGAGAUGAAGCAGGAGGGACGUCUCACUAAACUGGUCAUCAACAAUGUGGAGGAGAGCGAUGCUGGGAAAUACACCUGCAAGACUAAAGACUGCCAAUCAACUGCUGAGCUCACUGUCCAAGGUUUACCGCCAAGUUUCAAGCUGCCACUAGUUAAUCAGGAGGUGACGGAGGGCGACAGUGUUGUUCUGCGAUGUGAGCUUAACAAACCUGCCCCAUCAGUGGAGUGGAGGAGAGGGGGUGAGCUGCUGAAGAAUGGAGACAAGUAUCAGAUGAGGAAGAAGGACCUCCAGGUGGAGAUGAAGAUUGUGGAGCUCAGUCUGGACAACGCUGGAGAUUAUACCUGUAUAUGUGGAGAACAGAGGACAACAGCUAGGAUCAUGGUGAAUGAACGGCCCAUCAAAUUCCUUAAAGAACUGAAAAAUAUUCAGGUGCAGGAGGGCAUUGGGGUGACUCUCUGCUGUGAACUCUCCAAACCUGCUACUCCUGUGCAAUGGAAGAAAGGAGACAAUGUGUUGACCAGCGGAGAGAAAUACCAGAUGGAGCAGAACGGCUCGACAUUGGAGCUCCUCAUUAGGAAAAGUCAGCCUGAGGACAGUGGCACAUACAGCUGUGUUUGUGAAGACAUAAAAACUACUGCCACCAUCAUCAUCACUGCGAUCCCAGUGACUUUCAAGCAGAAGUUGAAGAACCAGGAAGCUGUGGAGGAGAGCACUGUGACACUGCGCUGUGAGCUUUCUAAGCCAGGAGUCCCAGUGGAGUGGAGGAGAGAUGCUCAUCUUCUGAAGGAGGGAGAAAAAUAUCAGAUGAAGCAAGAGGGCAGGGUGGCUGAGAUGCUGAUUAGGCAUUUAACUCUCACAGAUGCUGGGGAGUACUGCUGUUUUGUUGGCGCUGUUGUAACUUCAGCUGACAUCAAAGUAAGAGCUCUCCCUGUGACAUUUAAGCAAGAGGUUGAAAAUUUGGAAGUGAAGGAGGGCAAUAGAGGAGUUUUCUGCUGUGAGCUCUCCAAACCUGGAGCUCCAGUGGACUGGAGGAAAGGCAGAGUCAUCCUCAAACCUGGAUACAAAUAUGAGAUGAAACAGGAGGGACGUCUCACAAAACUGAUCAUCAACAACGUGGAGGAGAGUGAUGCUGGGAAAUACACCUGCAAGACUGAAGACUGCCAAUCGACUGCUGAGCUCAGUGUCAAGGCUCCUCCCAUCAUGUUCAGGAUGAAGUUAAGGAACCUGCAGGUGGAGGAGGAGAACAGCGUGACUUUGAGCUGUGAGUUAUCUAAGCCUGGCCUUGCUGUGGAGUGGAGGAAAGGAGAAGAGCUUCUGAAGAAUAAUUUCAAGUACCAGAUUAAAAAUCGAAACAGCAUCAUGGAGCUGACCAUCAAAAAUGCACAGCUGGAGGACAGUGGACUCUACUGCUGUAUCUAUGGUGAUGUCAAGACCACCGCCAACGUUACCAUUACACCUAUUCCCCUCACUUUUAAAAUGGGUCUGAAGAACCAGGAGGCCCCCGAAGGAGGCAACGUGUCCCUUCACUGUGAACUGUCCAGGGCCGGGGUGCCUGUGCAGUGGUGGAGGGCAGAGGACCAGCUCUAUCAUGGAGGGAGGUAUCAGAUGAUGCUGAAAGGGAAGAUUGCUGAGAUGCACAUCAAAAACAUCCAGCCAGAGGAUGUUGGACAGUACAGCUGUGUCUUUGGAGAGCAUAGGACAACAGCUGAAGUGAACGUGAGAGCGGCAGCAUCGGUGUUCUUUGAGAAGGAACUGGAGAACCAAGUGGUAAUGGAAGGGAAAUCUGUGCUGCUGUCUUGUGAAGUUUCCAGUGCUAAUGUCCCUGUCACUUGGAAGAAGGACAACGUUGUGGUGAAAGAAGGGGGACGUUGCAUUUUAAAGAAGCAAGGCCCCACACACUAUCUUGAGAUCAAGAAAUUGCUUCUGGAGGAUGCUGGAGAGUACUGCUGUAUUACCAGAGGCAAGAAGACCACCGCCAAGCUGAUCGUGAGGGCUCCUUCUUCCUCCACAGAGCGUGUGCGGAUUGUUACAGAGCUGCAAGAUGUAACGGUGACAGCAGGAGAGGAUGCAGUGUUUGUGUGUGAGCUGAGCCACGCGGACGUGAGUGAAGGUGUCUGGUGGCUAGGUUCCAGCCCUCUGCAGAGGAACGAGAUGAACCAGAUGACAUGCCAGGCUCGCCAGCACCGACUUGUCCUCACCAUGACAACACCUGAGGAGACAGGCACUGUGGCAUUUGUGAUUGGGGAUGAGAGGACCUCUGCACAUCUGCUAGUGGUUCCUAAGCCCAAAGUUCUAUUUGAGGAGAAGCCUAACGACGUUGUGAUCAUGGAGGGAGAGACAGCCACUUUGUCCUGCACGAUCUCUGACGUCACCUCCCCAGUUACCUGGAGACGCAACCAUAUUCCCCUUUGCAAUGGUGACAAAUAUGAGCUGCGAAAGGAGGGAAAAGUCAACCUACUGCUUAUCCAUGAUGUGGAGCCCCUGGAUACUGGCAUAUACUCUUGUGAUACAGGAGACAUGCAGAGCAGUGCCAAACUUACUGUAACAGAGCUCCCUCCAUUCUUCCAGGAAGAACUGCAGAGUGUGGAAGUUGAGGAAGGAGGUUUCGCCUCUCUGUACUGUGAGCUGUCUAAACUUGGAGUGCCGAUUCAGUGGAAGAAGAACAGACUGCCGCUGAGAGCCAGCAGAAAGUAUGAGAUGAGGCAGGAUGGCUGCCUCCUCCAGCUUCGCAUCAAGGAGGUCAAACCUGAGGACGGCGGAAGCUACACAUGUCAAGCAGGCAGUGCUGAGACAACUGCAAAAGUGACAGUGAAAGAGCUCCCUCCAUUCUUCAAGAAAGAAUUAAAAAGUGUGGAGGCUGAGGAGGGACGAGCAGCCUCCCUGUCCUGUGAGCUGUCUAAGCCUGGAGUGUCGGUGCAAUGGAAGAAGAACACACUACCUCUGAGAGCCAGCAGGAAGUAUGAGAUGAAGCAGGAUGGCUGCCUCCUCCAGCUGCACAUCAAGGAGCUCAAGCCUGAGGAUGGCGGAAGCUACACAUGUCGAGCAGGAAGCGCAGAGACCACUGCAACUGUGGCAGUGAAAGAGCUCCCACCAUUUUUCAAAGAGCAAUUGCAGAACUUGAAGGCAGAGGAGGGAGGUUCAGUCUCCCUGUGCUGUGAGCUGUCCAAACCUGGGCUGUUGGUGCAAUGGAAGAAGAACAGACUGCCACUGAGAGCCAGCAGGAAGUAUGAGAUGAAGCAGGAUGGCUGCCUCCUCCAGCUUCACAUCAAUGAGCUCAAACCCGAAGACAGUGGAAUCUACACCUGUCAAGCAGGAAACACAGAGACCACUGCAACUGUGUCUGUGAAAGAGCUCCCUCCAUUCUUCAAGAAAGACUUAGUAAGUGUGGAGGCUGAGGAGGGAGGUACAGCCUCCCUGUACUGUGAGCUGUCUAAGCCUGGAGUGUCGGUGCAAUGGAAGAAAAACAAGGUGCCCCUGAGAGCAAACAGGCAGUAUGAGAUGAAGCAGGAUGGCUGCCUCCUCCAGCUGCACAUCAAGGAGCUCAAGCCUGAAGACGGCGGAAGCUACACAUGCCAAGCAGGCAGUGCUGAGACCACUGCAAAAGUGACAGUGGAAGAGCUCCCUCCAUUCUUCAAGAAAGAAUUAAAAAGUGUGGACGCUGAGGAGGGACGAGCAGCCUCCCUGUCCUGUGAGCUGUCUAAGACUGGAGUGUCGGUGCAAUGGAAGAAGAACGCACUACCUCUGAGAGCCAGCAGGAAGUAUGAGAUGAAGCAGGAUGGCUGCCUCCUCCAGCUGCAAAUCAAGGAGCUCAAGCCUGAGGAUGGCGGAAGCUACACAUGUCGAGCAGGAAGCGCAGAGACCACUGCAACUGUGGCAGUGAAAGAGCUCCCACCAUUUUUCAAAGAGCAAUUGCAGAACUUGAAGGCAGAGGAGGGAGGUACAGUCUCCCUGUGCUGUGAGCUGUCCAAACCUGGGCUGUUGGUGCAAUGGAAGAAGAACAGACUGCCUCUGAGAGCCAGCAGGAAGUAUGAGAUGAAGCAGGAUGGCUGUUUUCUCCAGCUGCAAAUCAAUGAGCUCAAGCCUGAGGACAGUGGCAGCUACACAUGUCAAGCAGGAAGUGCAGAGACCACUGCAACUGUGGCAGUGAAAGAGCUUGCUCCAUUCUUCAAAAAAGAAUUACAAAGUUUGGAGGCUGAGGAGGAAGCUACAGCCUCUCUGUACUGUGAGCUGUCUAAACCUGGAGUGCCAGUUCAGUGGAAGAAGAACAGACUGCCGCUGAGAGCAAACAGGAAGUACGAAAUGAAACAAGAUGGCUGCUGUUUACAGCUACACAUCAAGGAGCUCAAACUUGAGGACAGUGGCAGCUACACAUGUCAAGCAGGAAGUGCAGAGACCACUGCAAGUGUAGCAGUGAAAGAACUCGCUCCAUUCUUCUACAAGGAAUUACAAAAUGUGGAGGCUGAGGAGGGAGGUACAGCCUCCCUGUACUGUGAGCUGUCUAAGCCUGGAGUGUCGGUGCAAUGGAAGAAGAACAAGGUUCCACUGAGAGGAAACAGGCAGUAUGAGAUGAAGCAGGAUGGCUGCCUCCUCCAGCUGCACAUCAAGGAGCUCAAGCCUGAGGACGGUGGCAGCUACACAUGUCAGGCAGGAAGUGCAGAGACCACUGCUACUGUGGCAGUGAAAGAGCUCGCUCCAUUCUUCAAGAAGGACUUACAAAGUAUGGAGGCUGAGGAGGGAGGUACAGUCUCCUUGUGCUGUGAGGUGUCUAAACCUGGGCUGUCAGUACAAUGGAAGAAGAACAGACUGCCUCUGAGAGCCAGCAGGAAGUACGAGAUGAAGCAGGAUGGCGGCCUCCUCCAGCUCCACAUUGAGGAGCUCAAACUUGAGGACAGUGGCAGCUACACAUGUCAAGCAGGAAGCGCAGAGACCACUGCAACUGUGGCAGUGAAAGCACUACAUUCUACUCCACCAAAGGCAGAACCUCCCACGAUAUUACCUCGGGUAAAGGGUACUGUUUCCAAAACAACUCCUACUCAAGAGAAUGAGAAACCUGGCCUCUCAGAGGUCAAACCUGUUCCUCCAGAGCCCAAAAAAAGAGCACAUAGGAAAGCAUCUAUCACAAUUUCAGAAAAAGAUGUAGAGCCAAUUUUGGAUCUAAAACAGUCUAUGCUGAAAGAGAAUAAUGAAGACCCAAAGGGAAUCCAACCUGUAAAGCCUAUGGAGAAAGACUUUGAUCUUUUACAGAAUGUAACACAACUGGAGAGGAAUAAAGAGAAAGACAGUGAGGUGUACAAGAAAGCUGAUAAAUCAGUGUGCUUACUGGAGAAGGAUGACAGGAUUGACAGGAAGGUCACAGAGUCAGGUAGGUCUUUUGGAACAGAAAAUGAAGUCUUCUCGGAGAAGAGAGGACCAGGAAGGAAUCUGGAGGAAUUAGUUAAAGCUGACCUUAAAGUAAGUCAGUCAGAGAGGAUUCUGAGCGACACUGUGGUUGAACAAAAGAAACGGACAUUAAUUUGUCCGGAAAAGGACAAUGAAGUUGAACAGAGCUUAAAAGAGCCAGGAAAGCCUUCAGAGAAAACAAGUGAAGUUGAGAAGAAGGUGAAACAUCCAGGAACAUUCCUGUGGAAGAACAGCGAGGAUGAAAAAUGGCCUGUGAAACCACUAGAAGAGUUCAUCGGAAAAGAAACAAUAAAGGAACAAGAUGUGAAGUCUACAGUAAAGGAAGGUUCAGUAGACAAGACAGAAGAGGAGCCUUUAAAACCACCAGUAAGAUCUAAAGGAAAGACAAUAGAGGGAAAGCAACCAAUCAAGUAUAUUUUAAAAGAAACUGAGGAGUUAAUUCCCCAAGCAUUAAAGAUUACAAUAAAUGAUUCGGAGGAAGACCAUACACAGAGAGACCGUUUGAAACAACAGUUGUCCGCAGAUGCAGAUAGAGAGAAAAAGCCACUGAAGCAAGUGUCAUCAGUAAAUCACCUGGACAAACAGUCAGUAGAACAACCAGAAAAGCCUUCAGAAAUAGAGGCUGAAUCUGCCCCUCCAAAACCACCUGCGAGAAUGAAAAGCAAAGCAAAGGGGGGAAUGGAAAAACAGUUAUCCAGGGAUACUGAGACAGAUCAAAGUAGACAAGAGCUGACAGGAGGUGUAGUGAAAGCAACGGGUGAUCAGCCAAUAAAAGAGUCAAUAAGGCCCGUGGAAAAAGAGGCUAAAGAGAAACCCAGAUUUGAGAGAAAACCAUCAGUAACAACAGACACUGAGAUAGCUGAGAAAAUAAGGCAACCUGUAAAAACUGCAGAGAAAGAUGCAAACACCAAACAGCUGAUCAAACAACCAGUAAAACCCAUGAGAAAAGAACCCCUAGUUGAUCAGGAAAUUAAACUGGUAGUCCAGCCAAUGAGAAAGGAGGAAGAAAAACAGACAAUGAGAAUGAAAGAAAAUGUUCCCCUUCUUUAUAUUUCUGAAGAUGAGACUUUCUCAGACGCUUUGACCGAGAUACCAGUGAACCACAACAGAGUCCAACCAAUUGGCUCUUUUAUUGAGGGGUCAACCCAACCCUCUAGUCUUCCUCCAAUUCAUGUACUCCAGAAGACACAACCAUCCAGGGACGCUCCACCAGAGUUUGACAUCAGCAUUGACGAUGAACCACAAAUGCAAGAGGCUGCAGUCAAGAUCCAGGCUGCCUUUAAAGGCUACAAAACCCGCAAAGACAUGCGACCUGUCUUUAAAGAGGUGUUUAAAAACCAGACUGCAAAUCUUCAUGAUACAAUCACUCUAGUGUGUGCUGUAGAAGGAAAACCUAGCACAGUGUGCUGGCUGAAAAACGGCCAACAAAUCACUCAUGACCAGCGCUGCCGUAUUGAGACUACAGAGAAUGGUGUCUGCACGCUGGUGAUCAAAAACCUGACCACCAAUGACAGUGGAAUCUAUACCUGUGAGGUGGUGAAUAAGUUUGGCGUGACCUCCUACAAUGGAAACAUAACAGUAGUGCAGCCUCAGCAGCCUGCUCCGACAGCCCAGAAGCCUGUACACCCACCCCUUGCAGCCAUAACUCCUCUGCAUCUUGCCCCGCUAAAGCCUGUGGUCCAGGCCAAAACACAGACUCAGUAUCUGCCUCAGGCUCAAGCACAGAUACCCACUUCAGCUACAGAUGCUGCGAACUAUGUAGAAAGUGUGAGCAUCUCUCUGUGGGAGGCCUACAACCUGACGGAGCAGGAUACACCACUGACUCUACAAGACAGGAGAGGAUCAUCACUCAUUGCUGCCAGCUCCAUGUCAAGCCCCUCGGAUUAUGACACAGCUCCUGAUAUAAUUGAACCUGUCGAAACUGGCCCUGCCUUUCCAAGGGAAGUACCACAACCAGAACACCAAGUACGUCCAAAGGACGAUAAAGACGAGAUAAAGGUCGGAAGAGAUAAAGAAGAGACAGCUGCUCCACAACCUCCUAAGAAACUACUGAAGGUCAAAGGGGCUCAUGAAGGCAGAAUGAGGACACCAUCUCCAAAGCACCAUUGUGCCCACACACCUUUAGCUAGUACCGUCUCUGGAUCAGAGUCAGAGGGGGAAGAGGAUAGCCAAGAGACAUUUGAAAUGUAUGUGGCUCGAGCUGACUGCAGUCCUAACAGCGGAAAUAAGGACAGUUUUAUUCUGAAGGAGGGCCAGUUUGUAGAGGUCCUGGAUUCUGUUCAUCCUGACAGAUGGCUGGUGAGGACCAAACCCACCAAAACCAACCCUGCUCGACAGGGAUGGGUGUGUCCAGCCUACCUGGAGAAGAGGAGAAAGGAGAACUUCCCACAAAUGAGAACACCUCAAGAGGAUCUUGAUGGAAUAGGAUCUACAGGAGAAGAGUACAGGAGAGCUCUGAGCCAACUGGUCCAAGGCCUUGUUGAUGGAGAGGAAGAGUUUGUGAAGGAGAUGAAGAUGUUCACCUCUCACCAGCUAAAUUAUCUGGACUCUAGUCGCCACGUCCCCGUUAAUAUCCUCAACCAGAAAGAGAACAUCUUCAGGAAUAUCAAGGACAUUUUUUUCCUGCAUGACAGGUCCAUCCUUCCCGGUCUGAGAGGCUGUGCCACGGACGAUGAUGUGGCCAUGCAUCUGAUCAAGCACACUGAAGACUUUGAGAAGUAUCUUCACUACAUGGUGGGACAAGCACAAGCAGAAGCCUGCGUCACUGACAAGGCUACCCAACAGUAUUUCAAAGAGUUAACAGAAUCUGAUAAGCCCGACGCACCUGUCAUGGAUGUCCUUACCUUCCUCCAGCGACCAGUGGAGAGGAUUCAAACCUACCAGGCUUUACUGAAGGAGUUAAUCAAGAACAAAGCCAAAAGUGGUCAGAGCUGCUGUCUGUUAGAGGACGCCUUCUCCAUGGUGUCCUGUCUACCCUGGAGGUCUGACAACCUGCACCAGGUGUCCCUCAUCGAGAACUACCCAGCUCCUCUAACUGCCCUGGGAGAGCCUGUGCGACAGGGAGUCUUUACAGUGUGGGAGGAAUCUCCAGAAAUUAAGACGGCCUCUAGAGGGCACCAGAGACAGGUCUUUCUCUUCAAGGAAUGUAUUGUACUGUGUAAACUGAAGAGAGACACCCGCAUUAACAGUGACACCUACACCUUCAGGAACAAAAUGAAGCUGAAUGAUGUGGAAAUAAAGGAAACUGUGGGUGGAGAUGAAAAGUCUUGGGGGUUGUGGCAUGAGCACAGGGGCUCAGUGCGCAGGUAUACACUGCAGGGCCGCUCCACACUGGUUAAACUCUCCUGGCUCAAGGACGUGAGGGAGCUCCAGCAACGCUCCAGUCUGCCCACUAACAGCCCACCUGUGUUCGAGUCACUGUUGUCUGACUGCACAACAAAGAUAGGACAGACAAUUAAACUGACAUGCAAGGUCACGGGAUCACCCAAACCAGUGGUCAGCUGGCUCAAAGAUGGCCUUCCUUUGGAGGACGACCCCCGUCACAUCAUCACGGCAGAGCGGUCUGGCACCUGCAGUCUCAUCCUGGACAGUCUCACUGCAGAGGACUCUGGACAGUACACCUGCUACGCUACCAGCUGCAUGGGCGCUGCUGGUACUCUGGCUAGGGUUGUGGUGCAGGCCCCACCAAGAUUUGUGAGUCGGCUGGAGAGUGCUUGUCUGAUAGAAGGAGAGGAUAUCCACUUCACUUGUUCAACGCUCAGUACUCCUUUCCCGCGAAUCAGGUGGUUGAAAGAUGGCAGAGAGCUGACUGACCAGCAAAAAUAUUCAAUCCUGAAUGAUGCUCGGAGUGGAAUCUUGUCUCUGUCGGUCAUCAGUGCAACACAGGCAGACAUUGGACAGUAUGAGUGUGAGCUUUGGAAUGAGUUUGGCUGUGUCAAGUGCAAGGCAGGUCUAUGCCCUGUUUACGUACCACCGACUGACAUUGAGAAUGACCAACCACAGGACUUAACUCCGAAAGGUAGGACUGGCAGAGCUGCUGAAGGUAAAUAUCCUCCACACAUGAUGAAAACCAGUGACCGGGUUUUCAUGUGGCUGAGCCACAGUUUCGCCAGUUCAGCUCUAACUCUUCACUCCUACGAACACAAGAUGGUCAUGUGCUGGGCAGGUGUUCCCUUUACGCCCAUGCAGGAGUGGGCACGGGCCCUUGUCCUGUUGAUGUGGUGGGUUAGUGGGGUUAAACCCUCAAGUCCCGAGAAAAUAUAUAGCUAUAUUAAGUCUGUGAUCCAUAAAUUCCUCCUGAGUGAUAUUUUGGUUUUGAUAGAUGCAGACUCAGAGGGCUGGUCAACUGCCUUCGUGAAGAAAUGGUUACAGACUGAUUUUAGCUCCACCUCCAAGAUGCUUUUCCCUCCUGGAUACCCUGAACAAGCAGAGUCUAGCACUGAAGAGAUUGUUCUUUCUGUCACGUCCAUGGAUCAGGUGGUUCAGCAGCCUCUGUAUUACCUGGAGGAGGAGGAGGAGGAGGAGAUUUACUUCUCAGAACCAAUGAAGGAAAUUAGAGAUGCCCCCCCUUCCAUCCAAGUACCCACUGAAGACCUGUGUGUAGAGCCCGGCCAACCAGCUACAUUUACUGCCAUCAUCACAGGGAGACCUAGUCCUAAGAUACAGUGGUACAAGGACGAAGAGGAGCUUUCAGCCAAUGAGAAUGUGGAGAUAGUACAGCAUGGUGCCCACUGCUCACUGACCAUAGCGUGCUCCGAGGGUGAAGACAGUGGCAUAUACACCUGCCUUGCCUACAAUGACUCUGGCCACGCCUCAUGCCAGGCUCAGCUUACAGUGGAGGAAGGUCCACUGGAAUGUCAGGAGAGAGAGGUGGAGCUGGGGAAGAGAAGGAAGUUAUUUUCUGUCUAUGAUGUCCAUGAGGAAAUUGGAAGGGGAACAUUUGGGGUAUUGAAGCGUGUAGUCCACAGAAGGACAGGUGAAGUCUUUGCUGCCAAGUUCCUGCCUCUGCGGAGCAGCACUCGGACGAGGGCCUUCCAGGAGAGAGACUUGCUCUCCCGUCUGGCUCAUCCAAGAGUGGCCUGUCUGCUGGACUUUUUUUGCACCAGACGCACUCUAGUGCUGAUCACAGAAAUGUGCUGUUCUCAUGGACUUCUGGACCAUUUAUUACUGAGAGGAUCAGUCUCAGAGAAAGAGGUUCAGUCAUACAUCCAGCAAAUCCUUGAAGGUGUUGGUCACAUUCACAGCAUGAACAUCUUGCAUCUGGACAUUAAACCUGAUAAUAUCCUAAUGGUGUAUCCACCCAGAGAUGAAAUAAAGAUCUGUGACUUUGGCUUUUGCCAAGAAAUAGACACAUCCAGACACCAGUAUAGCAUGUUUGGUACACCAGAGUUCAUUGCACCUGAGAUUGUUCACCAAGAACCAGUCACUGUGGCCACUGAUAUUUGGGCUGUGGGUGUUAUAGCCUAUCUAACUCUGGUGUGUCGCUGCCCUUUUGUGGGUGAGACGGACCGUGCAACACUGCUGAGAGUGGGGGAAGGGACCCUGAACUGGGAUGCCCCUGAUGUUAUGUACAGGAGCCCUGAGGCCCAGCACUUUCUCCACAUGGUCCUUCAGCCAGAUCCAGAGAAGCGACCGUCUGCCUUUGAGUGCUUGAGCCAUGAAUGGUUCCAGGACGAACAUGCAGGAGAAGAUACUGAUGAAAUCAACACAAGGAGUUUGAAAGUAUUUAUCUCAAAAUCAAAAUGGCAGCGUUCGUUGACUUGCAUUGGGUCAGUUCUCACAUUGAGGCCCAUCCCUGAGCUGCUGGACGCUCCUCUCAGAGAGACUGCAGUGACAGUUCCUCGUGAGCUCCAGGAACAUAGCAGCACCUCUCUGAGCAGUGGCUCAUCAUCUGAGUAUGAUGAAGCCGACUCUUGGGACUUUUUCCAACACUACAGCCCGACUGAGGAGGAGGAGGAGGAAACAGAGGAGGAUUAUGAUCCUUUAGUGGAGAGAGCACAGAUCCCCGAGCCUUUUGCCAAACUCCACCUAGGUGCAGAGGAGGAGGAGGAAGUGACAUUAGGGGAGGAAGAAGAUGGGGAGGUGGUAGGAAGGAGGAGUGAUUUAGAGCGGAGUAUGAGCAGGCAGUCAGUUGCGUCAUCAGAUGUGUCGUGCCAACAGACACCUCAGAGGGAGCGUAGGUUCAGCAAGGACAGCAGUCCAUCUCUCUACCUAUCCGACUGGGAUGAGGGUUCAGGAAGUGACGGAGGUCGUAUCCCUCGGGGCAGUGUCAUCCGAAGCACUUUCUAUAGCACUUCUCAUCAGCUUUCACCCAUGUCUGCCAGACAUAUGUCAUUGCGGGACAAAUUCCAGGCCAAAAAGCAGGAGAGAGGCCGCAAACCACUCAGGAGAAGCUUUUCAGGACGCCUCAAUGAGCCUCUUAUUGAAUAUGUAGAGGAUGAGACAGAAACUAACCGUGGCCAGAGACGGGGAUCUAUCCAGCCCACAAUGCAGAAAUCCUGUUCCUUUGACAGUGGAGUUGGCCUCACCCACAGCAACGUACCCCCUCAUAGGAGGAGCCGGUCCCUUGAUGAGUAUUCACGUCGGUCUCCCAGCUCACCCAAGCGCACAAAGCCAGUUGAAGAAGAGGGCUCUCUAAGUCUGAAGGAAGAUUUCACAGAUGAUGAAGUGGCAGGGAGAAACUUGUUGGCCAUCCCAACCCCACGGCGACCCACAAGAAGAAGAGACUCCAUCGCUUCUGUACAUGGGACUCGCACACUGGGUGGAACAUCUGUUCCCUCAACCUUCCUUGCUGGAGACAGAAUGAGCACCAGACUGGAUCAAGAGCAGACAGAGGGGGGAAAUAACUUUGCUGGCUCCCAGGGGUCUCUGACUGAGUCAGAUAUUUUGGAGCAUGGUGGCUCAGAGUCCUCAAGCAGACUUGGCUCCUAUGAGGAGCUGGGUCAUGGUCAUCUCGGAGGAAGAUACAGAUCGGGAGAGAGGGAAGGGGACGAUGAACAAGGGGAGCCUCUGAUUUUAUCGCCCCCUUGCUCAUUCCAAGAAGUUAAACCGAGAGGCUCGUUUCCCCGGGCACCGCCGCGUAACCGCGCCCGCUCCAACCCCACCUUAUCUACAAAAAGCAGCAGUCAGCCGGGGCCCCCGCUAAAGCCGAGCCCCAGUCCCAGCCUCUCUUCUCUCCAGGCCCCAGAGAGGCCUCCCAGGGCCAAGGACAAGAAGGAAGGCUAUGGCCUCCAGAGGCAUGCAUCCGCUCCAGCCCUGGAAGCCCGACUGCCCACAGGAAAGUCACCCAAGCUGGGACUGCUGAAGAUCUUCCGCAGGCAGUCUUGGACUGGCCAUUCAUACUCCCAGCUGGAGAACACAGAGUUAGGACCCACAUUAGGAGAAAUAAUGAAGCCCGAUACACCCACCAUGUCACUGAGGAAGAAAAUGAGAGCUUCAGCCUCCAGCCUCACCAAGCUGUUUUCCAGGUCUUCCAGUAAGGAGGAUGUGAGUAAAGGAGGGCCAAUAGUAAAAGGAUCAACGCCCAUCCCACCUGAAAGGGAGUAUAGCACUGGUCUUGAGAGUCCAAAAAAGAGGACCUCCAAAAUCCUGCCUUCUUUCAAAAUACCUGCAUUCAAAAAGACAAAAGGUCUGCCAGUCCGUCCCAACAAAGCUGACGUGCUCCAGUUAGAUGGAGGCGGAGUCCUGCUGGUCUGGAGACCAGUCCAGUCUAGUGACCCUGUCACCUACUGUGUGCAAUACUGUACAGAUGGCGGGGAGUGGACGGUCCUGUCAGAGGAGGUGACAGAUAACUGCUAUGUGGUGAAGGACUUGCCAAGGGGAGCGUCUUAUGUGUUCAGGGUGGGCUGCAUCACCAAGACAGGAGCAGGACCUUUCAGUGAUGCCUCGGCACCUGUUGUUAUGGCUAAACACCCUGAAGAGACUCACAUUUCUCUCAUCCUGACUGAGACCUUGGGGUCGAAGGCCACUGGAUCAGAACGACAAACAACACAAAAGAACUACAACUUCCUCUCUGAGAUCAACAGGGGUCGUUUCAGCGUGGUAACCCUGUGUAGGGAUGUUGAGACCAGCCAAGUGUUUGCUGCCAAGAUCACCCCUUACCAGGCAGAGCAGAGACAGUUGGUGCUGAGGGAGUACCAGCUGCUCAGGAGGCUUCAUCACCCACACCUGGUGCAGCUGCACACUGCCUACAUCACCUCCUCCUACGUGGUGUUAGUGGAGGAGCUUUGUCCCGGCAAGGAGCUGCUCUACAGUCUGGCUGUGAGAGAUCUGUACGCAGAGGCUCAAGUCGCAGAGCUGCUGAUUCAGAUUCUGAGCGCAGUCGACUACCUUCACAGCCGUCGUGUCGUCCACCUGGACCUGAAGUCAGACAACAUGCUGGUGGAUGAUGGUAACCACUUGAAGAUUGUAGACUUUGGCUCGGCUCAGUCCUUCACACCUGGACAGCCCCUCAACAUUGAGCACAUCCAGGGCAUGUCGGAGAGCAAAGACUGCCGCAGCAAAGUUUAUAUUGUCCUUCCUAAAGCUCCAGAAAUCCUGGAGGGUCAGGGUGUUGGGCCUGAAACUGAUGUUUGGGCUAUUGGAGUUCUGUUGUUCAUCAUGUUGAGUGCCGACAGCCCAUUUGAUGCAGAGCUCAGCUGGGAGCAAGACAGAAACAUCAAGAAGGGAAAGAUCCAGUUUGGACGCUGUUACCCUGGUCUGUCAGAGGGAGCCUUAAACUUCAUGAAGAGCAGCCUGAAUAACAAAUCCUGGGGGAGACCCACUGCAGCCGAGUGUCUCCAGAACCCAUGGCUGCGUGCUCUUCGCGCCCCACACAAAGCCCGACAGUCCAAGGUGUGUUUCUCCACAGACAAGCUUAAAGCUUACCUCCAGCAGAAGGAGGAGAAACGAGACCUGGUCCGCACCAAGCUUCAAGGUCCCUUCUUCCAGUAAGGCAGCGUUGUCAAAAAAAGUAGGACUUUCUUUCACCAGCAGGUUUUCCUAAACAAUUUGCAGGUUUAUAACCAGCAAAUUUCAUUUCAGCUGUGUGGUCAGAUUGUUAAGAUCGUUUUAGUAUCCUCUGAUUAAGAAAAUGAGAUGCAUCUUAACAAGUUUUCAAAAUGUACUUAUCCAUUAUGUUGUACAUGAGAGUGCGGUGCAUUUUGUUUGCUUUGGUUUAUAUGGAAGCUGAUCAGGGAUGAAGUUUAGUCUAUGCAACGAGUGUACACUGUUUGCUUUGUGACAUGAGAAAAAUUAGCUCCUCAGUAUAAAACAGCUGCCCAUGUUUGGACUGACAGUCAAAAAUGUUUUCUGUGCUAUUCUGCUCCAUACAGAAAACAGAUGUAUUUCUGAGUUAUACACUGUAUUUUAUUUAAAUCUUUACAUGUUCUACCUUCAGAUUGCAAUGUAUAAAUAGGAAAAUGACUAGAUUUAUAGGUUUUAUUAGAUGCUUGUAAGAUUCAUAUUGAUAAUAUAUUGGGUCAACAACCCACCUGAAUGAGUUAGUGAAUGAAAGAUUCAUUA